UACAAUACGAGACACACACUCACUCACUCACCACAAUCAUACCCGCUCCUCUCUCUCUCUCUCUCUCUCUCUCUCUAUCUCUCUGUCUACUACAGAAAUAGAAUAGGAGAACAGAACAAACAUUUAUACAUUGUUUAUUUGAUAGCUCCAUCGAAGCUCUCAAAUCUCAACUCUCUCCGUUUUGAUUUUCGAAAGAAUCAUCGACUUGUUCAAGACAUUUUUUCGAUUUCUUCUUCGAAUCCUUGAAAACUCGGGCCUCGUUUAAUCUGCAUUUGUUCUGGUUUAUACAUUGUGAUAUUAAUAUCCGAGUUGAUUACUAGAUCAAGAGAGGGUAUAUUUUCUGAGAUGGAACGUCGUAGCUGGCCCUGGAAGAAAAAAUCAUCUGAUAAGACUGGUACUGAGAAGAUGGUGGAUGCAGCAGAUUCAGCUGGUGCUUCUUUGGCUUCAGUAGGAUCUCUACGAGAUCAGGAAAACUGCAAAAAGUUUAACUAUGUUCAAAUUCCCCUAGAGUCAUAUACACAUUUGACUGGCCUGGAGGAUCAAGUAAUUGCAUUGGAAGAUCAAGUUAAAAUGUGGCAGAAUCAAGUGAAGGAUUUGAAAGAAAAGCUGUCUGCGGCUAAUUUAGAGAUGACUGCUAAGGACAAUUUAGUGAAACAACAUGCAAAAGUUGCUGAAGAAGCUGUUUCUGGAUGGGAAAAAGCUGAUUCUGAAGCUUCAGCAUUGAAACAUCAACUUGAAUCUGUCACACUCUUGAAGCUUACUGCUGAAGAUCGAGCAUCUCAUCUGGAUGGUGCUCUUAAAGAGUGCAUGAGGCAGAUAAGAAUUGUGAAGGAAGAACAUGAGCAUAAUUUGCAUGAAGUAGUUCUUAUCAAAACCAAGCAAUGUGACAAAAUCAAGCUUGAUCUUGAAGCAAAACUAACUGACUUAAAUCAAAGGCUUCUUAGAUCAGCUGCUGAGAAUGAUGCACUUUCUAGGUCGUUGCAAGAGCAUUCUAGUAUGCUAAUGAAGAUCAAUGAAGAAAAAUCCCAAACUGAGGUUGAGAAUGAGCUUCUGAAAGAAAGAAUUCAAUCAUAUGAAAAGGAGAUCAAUUCGCUUAAGUAUGAGCUGCAUGUACUUUCCAAGGAACUUGAUAUCCGCAAUGAAGAAAAGAACAUGAGUGUAAGGUCAGCAGAAGCUGCAAACAAGCAGCAUUUGGAGAGUGUCAAGAAAAUUGCAAAGCUGGAAGCAGAGUGCCAAAGAUUGCGUGGCCUUGUUCGGAAGAAGUUGCCUGGUCCUGCUGCAUUGGCACAAAUGAAGCAAGAAGUUGAGAUUUGGGGUCAUGAUUUUGGGGAACCUAGAUCAGUAGCACAGAGAUUUUCAGUUAAGAAUAGUAAAUCACAUUUGUCUGCAUUGCCAGAAUUUUCCACUGAUAACUUGCGUCUUAAUCAUAAAGAGACUGAGUUCCUUACUAAACGAUUAUUGGCAAUGGAAGAAGAAACAAAGAUGCUGAAAGAAGCUUUGGCUGGACGGAACGGUGAACUACAGUCUUCAAGAGACACGUGUGCUAAAUUGGUUGGCAGGAUUAAGAACUUAGAAGCACGACUACAGAUCCUGAAUCAAUGGAGGAGCUCACCAAGAUCAAUUUUUGAGGUUCCUACUGAAGGUUCAAGUCAAAACACAAGCAAUCUGCAGAGUGUAGCCUCCUUAUCUGAGUAUGGUUUUGAUGAUGAUGGAAAUUUUUCUGAGUCUUGGGUGACGACAUCUAUCUCUGAUCUCCCCCAUUUAGAAUAUGACAAGCGCACUGACAAAGGAAACCUUCCUGUCAAUGCCAAUCCAUUGGAAUUAAUGGAAGACUUUCUGGAGAUGGAGAGAAUGGCACAUUCUGAAAAUAUUUCUGACAAGAUCUCCAUUUCAAGCAGUUCAAACUAUAUGAGAACUGAAACUGCUAGCUAUGAUGUUUCAGUUGAUGCUGCUAAGCAUGAGGAACCUCUUCAGUCUAAAAUACAGUCUGCGAGGAAUCCAUCAACAUAUCAGGUUUCCUUCAAUAUGAAAGGCUCAGGUAAAGGGCUUGAACCUGAUAUAGAUCAGUUUCUUCCAUCGAAGCUCUUGUCGAGAAUUUCAAUGGUGCUUGAGUCUCAAUCUGAGGACACUGAUAUGAGGAAGGUGUUAGAGGAUGUCAAAUAUGCUAUGCAGGACAUAAAAAAUUCCAUGGCAUGGCACUCGUUUAAUUCUUUUGCAAAGGAAUUUCAUCCUGAUGAUGUUUCUAACAGUCUGCAGGCUUGUCCUCAAGAUAUUGAAGACACCAUCAAGAAUGAGAUCUUGUUGACUAAAUGCGUUAAACUGGGUACUGAUACACAGCAUGUUAGUAAUCAAGACUUGGUCAAUGCUGUUUCUCAUAUUCACCAAUUUGUAUUGUCUCUUGGUGGCAACCUAAUGCAAGUUCACGAUUGUUCUACAAUUGGGAAUGGGUUUAUUAAAGAUUAUGAGGAUUUCUCUGCCUCGGUGGAUAAAUUUCUGUUGAAUAAAAUAAGUCUAAUUGACCUUGUUUUUGACCUUUCUCGCAUUUUGGUGCAAGCCAGUGAACUGAAGUUCAUUGGUGUUGGCUGUGAUGCUCAGGAAGGGGAAAUCACUUGUUCUGAUCGGCAGAGUUUUCCUGAUGGAUGUAGCCAUAUUUCUCAUUCUAAUUCUAAUCCUGAGGUUCUGAUGGAAGGAAAUUUAAGCCCAGUUCUUGCCUUGAAUGUGACAUCAUGUAAGUGCUCAUUGGAGUUGGAACAGCUGAAAUCAGAAAAAGACAGAAUGGCAAUAGAGCUAGCUAGGUGCAGUCAAGAUUUUGAGUCCACAAAGAUGCAGUUAGAGGAAAUGGUGCCGCUUCUGGCAGAACUCAGAUCAGAACUGGCAUCAUCUAAAAAAUUGAACAGUUUGGCAGAAACUCAGCUCAAAUGCAUGGCAGAGUCUUACAAGUCACUUGAAAACCGUGCACAAAAGUUAGAAGAAAAUGAGAAAAUUUUACAAACAGAAACAGAGAGUUUGGAUACUAUGCUUCAAGAAGAAAAGCGGAGUCAUCAGGAUGCUCUGGCCAGAUGCAAGGAUCUUGAAGAUCGAAUGCACAGGAAGAAGAGCUGCUCAAUAUGUUCUUCUCCAACGGCAGAUUAUGACAUCAAAAGAAAGCAGGAGAGGGAGAUAGCAGUUGCAGCAGCAAAGCUUGCCGAGUGUCAGGAGACUAUUUAUCUUCUUGGCAGGCAAUUGAAAGCUAUACAUCCCCAGACUGAUGCCAUGGAGCCUCACUACAUGGAGACCCUUCAAAUGGGUGAAAAUUCGGUGAAACACAAGCCUAGUUUUCGGAAUCCCCAAGGUAGUAUAGGCCACUCGCAUGAAUUUGAUCAGGUUGAGAUAAAUAGAGCUUCUUCUUUUGAUAUGCGAGGCACAUUUGAGGAGCCCCCCAUGCAUAACUAUGAUUCCUCAUCUAGUCCAUCUAGCGGAGAACUGAGUCAGAAAGCAAACAACUCAUCUUCUGCAUCAGCACUGGCGCUAGCGAAACAUCGUCUUCGAAAGAAUUGAUAAUUUUGGUGAUGGAACAAUGGGGAAAACAUUGCCAAGAGUCAAUACUGGACACAUAUGUUUUAGCUUUGCUUGUAAAACCUAUUCAUUGGAAGCUUUCUCGUUUCCUGAAUCCAUGACAUCAAUUUUCAUGAGUUUAAAUUUCAGGCGACUUAACAAAUAAAAAGGGGUGUAAAUUAUAUUGAUCUCCCCUAAAGUUUGGAGAAAAUAUAGUAAACCCCAUUAGUUUGACGUAAUUACAUUAGGCUCCUUUAAUAUUUAAUUCACAUAACACUUAAACUCUUUUUCAUCGGUAAGAAAACAAUGAUAUAGUGAAUAUGAAUCUUUUUUCGUAUUGGUGGCUUUGUUCACUUUAAAUCAAUAUUCAACACCAUAUCACUAUGCUCGUACAUAAAUAUAUUGGUAGUUUAAUUUAGCCUAUAGGUGACGCCCCUCUGUGAUUUGAACUUCUGAGCUUAAACUUGUGACGUGAUGUUAACUCUGAUCGCCAAGUCUAGAAUGCUUGAGAUCAAUUCUUAUAAUUUAUUCCAGGCCAAAAUAUCUGAACUCACGUCCCAUUGGGUCUGCACUGGACCUGUCUGAACACAACUCAAUUGAUUUGAAGUCUUCAUUUUGAUUUGAAUUCAGACAAAAAAAAAUAAAUUAAAAAUCUUGCGAACAUGUGAAAGAGAAGAAAAGUCAGUACGACCACCAGACAAAUAAGGAAGCAUGAGCUUGUGCAAACUUAAAUGCAUAGUUGAGGAUUGGGAAACAUCUUUGAUAUUUAUUUAUUUAUUGCCCAUUUUCAUUGGGCAACUUGUGAAGAUUUUUGUUAGGUUUGGUGUAUAGUUUUUGUGAUUUAGAUUCUAUAGAAAGCCCCAAAAGGGCAAGUGAA